AUGAGAUCCUCCAUAGUGCUGCUCCUGUCGAUCCUGGCGAUGGCAACGGCCAGCCAGGACCUUCUGACGAGGUCCUUGAACCACUGCUUCGGGGCCGAGUCCUGGACGUCGUGUCUGAAGCAGGAGGUCCUGGGGUACCUGGACGAGAGACUGGGCACGUCCACCGAGGCCAGGUCCUUGGACACCGUCGACGAGGCCCUCAUUUCCAGGACGGUUAAGUACCUGAAGAGCUUCGACUACAGCCUGGAUCUUCCGCUCGUGGAGGCGAGCUUGAAGUAUAGACCUAGCAGGAGCCUCCUGGGCCUGGACCUGGAGUUCAAGGACGACGUCGCCACCAGCCAGGCCAGGGGCUUGCUGAAGAAGAAGCUCCUCCUGCCGUUCCUCCUGCUCCUCAAGUUGAAGCUGAAAGCCCUGAUGCCCAUCUUCGUCGCCAUAAUCGGCAUCAAGGCCUUGAAGGCUCUCGUGCUCUCCAAAUUGGCGAUCCUCAUCGUCGUCGGCUUCAUCGCGGUGCAGUUCUUCAAGAAGGGCGGCAUGAUGCCUCCCAUGGGAAUGUCAAUGGAGGCCGCGUCUUCUGCGUACGGGGCUCCACCAUUGUCGACGACUUCGAGUUACGACCCGGCCAACACGUGGGAUGGAAAUGGGCCUUAUUCUCGGGUCUGGACCCCGUCCAAUGGCGCCGAUGCCCAAAACUUGGCGUACAGCUACUACUCCGGCAGCAACUCCAACUCGUACAGCAACCCGUCUUCGUCUUCUUCGUCCUCUUCGUCCGCAGGCUCCUCUAGCUCGACGAACUAUUAA